AUGAGUGCUGAUCUCAGCCUCUCCCAAUCGCUCGGCGGUCUUCGCAUCGCCAAUCCGGACGAUGAGACAGCGUCCUCCUCUCCGGCUUCAUCGCCACCUCCACCGGCAAUGACUGCCAGGCGACCAUCAAACGAUCAACGCCAAUACGAACAGCAGCGUCUGUCAGAAUCGAGCGCUUCAGCCUUUACUUCAGAUGGCGCUGCUGCGCAGCUUCACCGCCCAACAUUACAGCCAAGUCAGCAAAGCACAUAUGGAGUGCCAUCGCGGCAUGGAAGUGUGCAACAUUCAUCGUCCCGACCAGUCAGCAGUGUGCAUGCUCAGCAGAAUGCGCCCCUAGGCGCCGGAGUCAUGGGUCCAGGAACCUACCGCUACGGAGGCGAGGGAGGUUUACCGGAUGGAAAUCUAGGUGGACUCAGCAGGUCUACAUCGCGAUCCACGAGACAGCCAUCCAGUAAUACACAGGCAUGGGAUCAAUCCCGAGGAUAUCGUCAGGCGAGCAUACCAGGCAGUACACCUGCCGUAUCUCAGUACCCGCAACGGAGGAACUCAAGGCGAGGCAGAGCCGCGUCGGAUACCAUUGGAGUUCCUGAUACUACAGAAAAGAGUCACGCACUGCCAAAUUCUGCGGAGGAAUGGCGAGAUCGGGGCGCGGCGGUCAAGACAGUGCGGGAAACAGAUGCCAACGGACAGCCACAAACCAGAGUUGUGAAGAAGGGUGUCAAGGACUUCAAUUUCGGUCGUACGCUGGGCGAAGGGUCAUAUUCUACAGUCUUGGCGGCGACAGAUCGACAAAACAACAAAGAGUACGCUAUCAAGGUGCUUGACAAACGACACAUUAUCAAAGAGAAAAAGGUCAAAUACGUGAAUAUCGAACGGGAUACCCUCAACCGGUUGACUGAGCACCCAGGAAUCGUUCGAUUAUACUACACCUUCCAGGACGAGCGCUCGCUGUACUUUGUUCUGGAUCUAGCAACAGGCGGUGAACUCCUGGGUGUGUUGAAGAAACUGGGCUCGUUCGACAUCGACUGCACUCGCUUUUAUGCAGCCGAGAUUCUUGACAGCAUCGCUUACAUGCACAGUCGUGGGAUCAUUCAUCGCGACCUGAAACCUGAAAACGUUCUACUAGAUCGCGACAUGCAUGUCAAGAUCACCGAUUUUGGAACAGCAAAGAUCUUGCGAGAUCCCCGGCCGCCUGGCGUCGAUGGUCGGGCUGCCUCGAGUCAAGACUUAGCAGACGGAGCAGAGACUGAUCGGGCGAUAUCCUUCGUCGGCACUGCUGAGUAUGUCAGCCCUGAGCUGUUGCGGGACAAAAAUGCAUGCAAGGCGUCUGAUCUCUGGGCGUUCGGCUGUAUUAUCUAUCAGCUGCUUGCUGGCCGACCUCCUUUCAAAGCCGCAAACGAGUAUCUCACUUUCCAGAAGAUCCUCGCGCUAGACUACUCAUUUCCGGACGGCUUCCCCGAGGUAGCCCGCGAUCUCGUAGAGCGGCUGCUCGUCCUUGAGCCAACAAGUCGCCUACCAAUGGAGCACGUCAAAAACCAUCGCUUCUUCGACGGAGUGCAAUGGGGGAAAACACUCUGGCGGCAGAAGCCGCCUCGAUUGAGCCCACAUGUUCCACCGCCACGAGAGCCAAUUAGUCUCAACGGACCGAGUGCUUCUGCAGCCAGUGCCGCACACGCUGCGUUGACGAAUGCACAUAAUGCUAGCAACGCUGCAUCAGCUCCGCCUCGUCGCCCACAACUCCAGACUGUGACUGAGCUAGCACCGCCAAGUCAAUUGGAUAUUGACUGGUCACCGGUUCUUACUAACAACAACGAGCGCAUUCUCAAACUAGGAAAUUUGAUGGUAUCACAGGGGGCACCCCCUGGAAGUCCGGAUGCUCCUACCCAAUCUGAGAAAUCUGGCUUUGCCCGACUUUUCAGCGCUGCUGCUGCAUCCAAACGGAAGGAGCGUCUGGUAUUAAUCACGACGUGUGCUCGUCUUGUAGUGACUGCGGCCGGCGGGAACGAGAAGAAGGCGAAGAUGGAAUUGCCGCUCGCUGCGCAUAUCGUUUCGUGUCGGAGUCUCGUCAUUACUAACAAUAGUCACCAGAGGGACAAACACUACGUGUUCGAGGAUCCUCGCGCCACGACCUCGGAUCCAGCAGGAAGUCGAUACAGCACACAAGAAUGGCUCGACGCCAUCGAGCAAGCACGUGAAGUUGCACUUGCAACAUCUCUUUCCUCCGCCGGAGGCAGCAGUAGCACCAGCGCUGGAGGAAAUCCCUUCCCGUCUUCCGCUCACAACGAAUACGAUGAAGGCGGUGGUGGAUCAGGCGACGGCGGUGGGAACGGGAACAGUGCAGUCGCAGGGGCCUUUGCGACGGGACGGAAACGUUUCAGUAAGAGGCACAGCAAGAGCGGCCUCGCCGCCGUGUUUUGA